CUGAAAAGCAAGACAAGAAAAGCAGAGAGGGAGAGGGAGAGGGAGAGAGGAGGCGAGGCGGAAGUAGAGAGAAUAAGUAAAGGCUGAGAUUUUUUCCGUCUUUUUCUUGUUCACUGGUUCAGAGGAGUUUGAUACUUGAAUCAUUUUGUUGGUCGAGGUCGGCCGGAAUCUGAAGUUUUGUUCCAUUGAACUCCGGCGAAUUAUUGUAGAAAUUUGGUCGGAAUAUCGGUUUAUGGUUCACUGUAUUCGAUUUCAUGAGAAAUAGCGGUAAGGGAUGGAUAGAAACAGAGAAGCAAGAAGAGGAACCUUAGCAGCGUCAAAUGGAUUGUCAAGAAGGAGACAGAGGAGUAGCAGUCUUAGGGAUUCUCCUGAGGAAGAUGGACCGAUGGAAUUGCAGGAAACGGCAAGAUUGAGAGAUCGAGGGAAUAAGAAAGAUAGAGAUCGAGAUCGGUCGAGUCGUAACAAACGAAGAAGAGGGGAUAGAUUGAUGCAUGGCAGUAAUAGAGAGGAAGGAGGAGAAGAAAGUUCCGAAGAAAGUGUAGAUGAUGACGAGGAGGAUGAAGACGAAGAUACUGGUGCUGUUCGGAUUCUUCCUCCGAAUCCGUCAUCAUCGUCCUCACUCUCGAAUCACCACCAUCGGAAGAGCUUUCCGCCUGCAAAGGUUGUUAGGGCGGCCCCAACGUGGAAGGUCCCUGAUGAGAUGUCGGUGCCGAGAAAAGCUCGUUCAGCUUCUGCGAAAAGGUCACAUGAAUGUUGGACCUCAAGUGGAGGCGGUGGUAGUGAGCAGUUUCACCGGCAAGCUUCAACAUCACCGGCGAGACCAAGUGUUGCAGUAGCAUCACCGGCUCCGAUCUCUCCGUCUUCUUCCAAUGCUUCUGCUCGGAAGAAGAUGAAACCUAUUGGACCCAAGCACCGGCCACCGAAGGUAGCCAAAUCUUCAUCCUCUUCAAUUCAGGAGAUUGAGAUCGAGGUUGCAGAGGUUUUAUAUGGUUUGAAGAGGCAAUCACAGUGCCCUUCUAACGAAGAAAUCACACUAAAUUCAUCACAGAAGUUGGAUUCAAAGGAGAACAAUGGAUCGAGUAAUGAGGCCAAGUCGAGAGUUUCCUCUCCGGUCUCAAUCUCACAAUCGGCCGCGCCACCUCAGUCGUCUUUGUUACCUCAGAAUUCUGGCACUUCGGCCACUCCGUUACCGGCUGUGGCCCCGAAGAGGAAAAGGCCGCGACCUGUGAAGUUUGAGGAGGAGGGCCCCUCUCAUUUUCCAGUCCGAAAUGGUUCCAUUUCAUCUUCUGCAGCUAAAGUUGAGAAUGAACUGCCUCAAAAAAUCGAUAUUUCCUCCCCAAAAUUGGAGAAAAUUCCAGGAUCAAGCGAGGAAAAUGGUGGGGUUUCUUUGGAUUUGUGCUCCUCCCAGGCUGCUGCUGCUCCUGUAUCAUCAUCGGAACCACCCGCAUCGGAAUCAAGUAAGCCAGAGAGCAAUACAAUCUCGGAUUCUAAGCCCGUGGUCGAAGAAUCAGAAAUUCGAGAUGCGAUUCAGACGAGGGAGGAUAUCCUGUCGCCGAAGAUGGAAUCUCCUUGUGCGAAAUUGGACGUUGAUCUUGAGGAUAAUACAGCGACAAAAGCGGUGUCAACAGUACCGGAGGUUGAAAACAAGCGGGAGGAAAAAUUUCAGAUCGACUUGAUGGCUCCUCCUCCUUUGAAAUCUUCUCCAGAAGGGGAUGGUGUUACCGAUUUUGUAGCAGAUGCUAAAUCUAUGGCUCAAGAUGUUGAUGCGGGACAUAAGUUGGAGACUGCGGUUCAGGCAGAAGAGAACGUCAAUGAAAUUGAUAAGCAGGACGCGUCGGAGGUUGGGUUGGAAGACAAGAAGAUGGAGACAAUGGCGGAAGAACCUGAAUCACAGAAACCGAUUGAAAAUAGGGAGAGGGUUCUUGAUCUGCAACUUGAUUUAGAGAAGGUUGAUAGGGAAAGUUGCAGUGUUGGUGGCACCAAACAGCAACAAGCGCAGCAAGUUCAGCAGCAGCAGCCGCUUCCGCCGCCGCCAGCCCAACCAAAAUCUGGAAGAAAUGAUUUGAAGGCGGAGAAACCUGGUCAAUCCACCUCUUUGCCGUUGCCGAUGACUGUAGCGGGCUGGCCAGGCGGGCUUACUUCUCUGGGAUACAUGCCACCACUUCAAGCUGUUGUGUCCAUGGAUGGGAGUUCUGGAUCUUCGACGCCUGGACAGGUACCCCAUUUGUUUCUCUCCCAACAGCGGCAAAAGAGGUGCGCAACUCAUUACCACAUUGCUCGAAACAUCUACUGUCAUCAGCAGUUUACAAGGAUGAAUCCUUUCUGGCAUGCAGCGGCUGGUUCUGCAUCUCUUUAUGGGGCCAAACCAUACAAUCUCAAUGUUGUGCCCCCAACAGAAGCCACUAUUCUUGGAAACCCAUUGCAGGGAAGCUUACCAGGUAGGAAUUUGAACUCGGUCUCAGACAAGGGCCAAGUUGCUAGCACAUUUUCUGGUCAUACUACAAAGGAUAAGAACUCUGCAGCGGCUGCAGCCAACUUUGUGGAUGCCCAGAGAAAGCAGCAUGUGCUUCAGCAAGCUCCGCAGUCUGCUUCUUCUGGAAAUCUGCUGCAUGGUCCUACUUUCAUCUUCCCAUUGAGUCAUCAGCAGGCAGCAGCAGCUGCCACUGUGGCCACCAACCGAUCGGGUCCUGUGAAAUCUCCUACUGUUACCAGCAAUGCUUCUUCCUCAAGUGCAGCUAGUUCAGCUCAGUGUGUUCCAGCAAACUCGUCAUCGCAAGCAGCUGCUACCACAACCAUGAGCUUCAGUUAUCCAAAUCUGCCUGCCAAUGAUGCUCAGUACUUGGCAAUAUUACAGAACAAUGGAUAUCCAUUCCCUAUCCCUGCUCAUGUUGGAGCACCACCACCUUAUAGAGGAGGAGCCCAUGCUCAGGCAAUGACUUUCUUCAAUGGGUCUUUCUAUUCUUCCCAGAUGCUCCAUCCCUCUCAACUUCAGCAGCAACAGCAGCAGCAACAACCUCAUUCUCAUUCAAAACCAAUCCAACAGGGCCACCAGAACACGAGCACAUCAAGUGGUUCCUCAUCAUCACACAAGCAUCAACAGAAUCAACAACAGCGCCUGCAAGGUGGUGGCAGCAGUGGUGGUGGUGGAAACUCGCAUAACUUUCCUGCCUCGAAGAAUCGACCUCCCCAGCAGCAGGCUCUGCAGCAGAACUUGCAUGUGCCGCCACCCCAUCAGGCUCGCCAACUUGAGGCAGAAGUUGGUGGGGAAGAUAGUCCAUCAACUGCCGAUAGUAGAGUCUCUCAUGCUCAGAAGAAUAUCUAUGGCCAGAACUAUGCCUUGCAGUUUCACCCACAGAACUUUGCAUUGAUGUCUCCUGCAGCUUUGGGUGGUGGUGGAAGCACCGGAAGUAAUGGCGAGAAGCAACAACAAUCACAGCAACAUGGAUUGAAAGGUGGAGUGGAACUCCUUCCAUCUCAGGCAUUUGCUAUGUCCUUUGCCUCCUUCAAUGGAGCUUCUACAGCAAUGGGGCUUGAUUUCUCUUCCAUGCCUCAGAACCAUGCAAUUUUCCAGAGCCUACCAGAGACAGUAAGGCAUGGCUAUGCAGCAGCAGCAGCAGCUGCUGCUCAGGUAGCACAUCAAAAGAAGAAUCACCAGAUCACUGAAGAAGCCAAGGCUGGUGAAGCAACUAAUGCUGAGGAUGAAAAGAAGGGUUUGAGUGGAAAAGCCCCAGCGAGUGUUGGGCAGUCUCUUGCCUUCUCCAAGCCAGAUUCCACCGAGCCAUCAGUGUCCACAAUUCUAGGCAAUGCUGUUUUUGAUAGCUCUCGCACUCUCAACCUUAUCUCAGCUCCCGUCAAUUGCAAUAGAGCAUCUCGUUCCAAUACAAAUUCUACAAUGGCUACUGCUUCUGCCCCAUCUAGUAACCCCAAUUCUCAGCAGCAGCAGCAGCAGCAGCAGCAACAGCAACAGCAAUUAAUUCAGAUUCAGAAGCAGCAACAGCAACAACAACAACAUAUGCAGCAACAACAACUACAGCAUUUUGCGGCUGCAGCAGCGGCAGCAGUAGCUAGAAGCAAAACAUCAGCAACUAGUAGUAGCAGUGUUUACUCUGAUCGCCUGCCUGCCUCUUCUGUUGCCACUAAGUUCCCAAAUACACUUUUUUCGCAGGCUCUUAUCCAAAGCAGCAGCUCUGCCCAGUCUUCCCAGUGGAAGAACUCAGCAAGGGCAACGGCCUCUCCCAUACCUUCCCCUUCUCUGGCAUCAUCGACCACUUCUUCCAUUAAGAAUCUCCCUCAACAGCAGGGCAGGACUCAAGGCCACACACAGAUAUCAUUUGGAGUGAAUGCAAAAUCGGCCGCCCCAGGACAACAGCUUCCCACUAACCAGUCAACGUCACCCCCUGUCGUUGUGGGGUCACCCCCAACUACUACUAAGAGUGCUGGGGGAAGUCCGAGAACUACAUCUACGGGUAGCAAAACAACAGGCCCAUCACCAGCAUUAUCAUCUCAACAACAGAGCAAGAACUCGCCAUCAGGGCCCAGCAGGAAGUCCUCUCCCGUUGGUGGAAGGAAUGUACCUUCUAUACUUGGCAACUCCAUCGUUACCAGUGCACCUAGCUCUAGUUCCAAAUCUCAAUCCCAGUCGCAGCAGCAGCAGCAGCUACAGAAGCAAGCAUUGCAGCAGCCACAGCUAUUCUUCACCAAUGCCUAUAUGCAAGCUCAGUCUCCACAGUCUAUGAACACCGCCACAACGAACGCCAACACCGCCACUACUGGAUUUUACUGUCAGAGGCGAUCUGAUCAACACCAACAUCAAGGGUCGACUGCAUCUAAUGGGAUGCUGUCAUUGUGCCCUCCCUCCCUCUCACUAGCUGGUGCCACGUCUGAUCCUGCAAAAGCGGUUGCUGCUGCGGCUGCAGCAGCUGCAGCUGCCAAUAACAUGAAAGUGGGCUUGCCGCCACCAAGCCUUCUCGCUGCACAGUUUACUACACCGGCUACUGGAAACUCACACCAGCUCAUGUCUGCAGCUUUUCCAUACAUACAUGCCGUGCCGCCUGUACCUGUCAAACCAGCUGAACAGAAGCAACCUGCUGGAAAUGACAAUUUGCAUGCCUGCUGGCAGCCUGACAAGAGAUGAAUGAAGCAACCCAUUGAAUGUGAAGGCGAAGAAGACGCUCUUGGAGUCGUCAGGGACCGCUGGCGCGGUACAACCCAGACCUGCUGCUAUGCUUUUAAGAGAUCCUUGGAGCAGCGUCCGGAGUGCGCAGGGGGAGGAGAGGACUGGGGGGAAGGCAGCUUGAGGAUUCUUUGUUUGGGGAAUGCAAUUUUGUGUGAAUGAACACUACGGAGGUUCAUCAUCAUCGUCAGCAACUGAUCCGAUAGUGUGUAAGCUGUAUUCAUACCCUGAAUUAACAUGGUUUUCGUGGGUCGAUUGAGAGAAUUAGUUUGAUUGGUUUUGACGGAGAAGGAACAGAUACAGUGGAGAAGAUGGAAAAGACAGAUAUGGUAGGCAUGCAUGCACAAUGAUCGACAGUGCAGCAGUAGAAAAAGUUGGAAAGACAAGUCCGGCCAGACCCACCUUUUUAUGUGGGGUUGUAGGGAAGGGUGUUAAUUUCUUUUAUUGGAAGAUAUUGAAAACGUUUUUUAAUUAUGACUUAUAUUUUGUGAUGAAGGAUGUGUAUAUAUAUCUGGCACAUAGAAGAAAACAGUGACUCAAUUUUUUUUUCUUUUCUGUCAAUUUAAUUCUUUCCUUUUUAUUUACAUAUUUUGUUCCUCACUUCUUUACCCUUUUCUGGUUCUGGAGGGAUGUGGAUGGAUGGGUAAUGGGUUCAUGAUGGCACGGAAGGUGGGGUGUUGAAGAAAAGCUAAAAGGUUCCCCAAGAGACGUGGGUGUGUCAUCAACUCGGUUUGAUUGGGUCGGUGUCGCUGUGUGCGUCCCUUGUUCGUUUUAAUAUUUCCAUGUCUAAAUUAACAUCAUAACUAUGAUCAUCACCAUUAUCAUUAUUAUAAAGAGAUGAGAUUACUGGGUUAUUCU